GGCGGAGCCGCGCGCCCCGGAAGCGGAAGCGCCGCCAUCUGUGGCCGCCGCGGACGCUUCCGGGUGUCUGCGGGGGCCGGAGCGGAGCGGAGCGGAGCGAAGAUGCCGGCGCUGCUGGAGCGGCCGAAGCUCUCGUCGGCCAUGGCGCGGGCGCUGCACCGGCACGUCAUGGUGGAGCGCGAGCGCAAGCGGCAGGAGGAGGAGGAGGUGGACAAGAUGAUGGAGCAGAAGCUGCGGGAGGAGCAGGAGCGGCGCCGCAAGAAGGAGAUGGAGGAGCGCAUGUCGCUGGAGGAGACCAAGGAGCAGAUCCUGAAGCUGCAGGAGAAGCUCUCGGCGCUGCAGGAGGAGAAGCACCAGCUCUUCCUGCAGCUCAAGAAGGUGCUGCACGAGGAGGAGAAGCGGCGCCGCAAGGAGCAGAGCGACAUGACGACGCUGACGGCAGCCGCCUACCAGCAGGGCAUGGCCGUGCACGCCGGGACCCACAUCCUCAACAUGCAGGGCAGCCCCGGGGGACACAGCCGCCCCGGGACCCUCAUGGCGGCCGACAGAGCCAAGCAGAUGUUCGGGCCCCCCGUCAUCACCACGCGGCACUUUGCGGCGCAGCCGGCCUUCGCGGCGGCCCCGGCGGAGCACGGGCAGUUCGCGGGGGGGCAGGGGGGGCAUGGCGCCUUCGCCGUGGGGCAGGGCCAGCACAGCUUCCCCCCGGGCCAGGCCGGGCCCGUCAGCUACGCCGGCGGCCAGCAGAUCCGCGGCCCCUCGGCCUUCCCGGCCCUGCCCUACCUGUCGCAGCAGCAGCCGGGCUACAGCCUGCACGGGCACUUCCCCCCCGCCCAGCCAGGCUUCAUCCCGCCCAGCAGCACCAUCCCGCUGCAGAAGCAGCUGGAGCACGCCAACCAGCAGUCCGGCUUCUCCGACUCGUCCAGCCUGCGCCCCAUGCACCCCCAGGCGCUGCACCCCAGCCCGGCGCUGCUGCCCGCCCCCCAGCUGCCCGUGCCCAUGCAGGGCGCCGCCAAGUCCGGCCUGGCCUACAGCCACCCGGCGCGACCCGCCUCGCCCGGCAGCUUCCCCCACGGCGCCGCCCCCCAGCAGCCCCACACGUCGGGGUUCCCCGCCAGCACCCCCCCGGCCGCCCGCCACCCCUUCCUGCCCCACGGCCAGGGCCAGCGCUUCUACCACAAGUGACGCCGCCGUGUCGCGCCUCGACACGCCUCGACACGCCAUGUCACGCCUCGACACGCCUCGACACGCCGGUGUCAUAUUAAACUCGUUUUUUUUUUUA